UUAAAUUUUAUUGCAUCAAAAUAAAAUUUGUGUUUUGGAUUUAUUGUUCUACUCUGAUUUUUAAAUAAAUAAACUGAAUAUGAGUGAAGAAGAGUUUAGUGAGGUGAGCGAUUUAUCGUCAAUGGACAGUAGUGAUGACGAGGAUUUAGAAUUGUUGCUAGACGAACCGAGAAUAAAAAAUCAAAAUUAUUUGGAGGAAAUAGUACCACAGUAUCCUGCAGAAGUGUUCUUUGAACAUUUCAGGCUAAGGAGAGAAACUGCAACUCACAUAAGUAAUAGAUUUGAAACAAGCCCAUAUUUUAAUAGCCAGAUCGGACAGUAUGGAAAUAUAGCUGCUUUACAUCAGGUUCUAAUAUAUUUAUGGUAUAUGGGGCAUCAGACUAGCAGCUUUCGAGAUGUUGCUGAUAGAUUUGAUGUUACAAUAAGCUUCAUAAAUAUAAUUCUUCAUCGAGUUACCAUGUUUUUGAGCAAUCUUUCUCCACAAAUAAUACAGUGGCCAAAUGAGCAUGAAAAAAGAAUCAGCGAAGAACAUUUUCGAAUCAAUGGUUUUCCAAAUGUUAUCGGAGCUAUUGAUGGAACACAUAUCAAAUUAGAUAAACCUGAAAAUGACCCAGAUUCAUACUUAAAUCGUAAAGGUUACUAUUCUAUUCAGAUGCAGGCAGUUUGUGAUCACAGAAGAAAAAUACUAGACAUUUUUAUUGGGUACCCUGGUUCCGUGCAUGACAGCCGAGUGUUUAGAAACUCUCCAUUAAAAAACAGCUUGGAAGAUAAGUGUGGACGAUAUUUUCUGUUAGGAGAUAGUGGGUAUCCUUUACAUGCCAAUUUGUUAACUCCUUAUAAAGACAGGGGCAACCUUACUAGACAGCAACAAAAUUAUAAUUUAAAAUUGUCCAAAAACCGCUAUGUCAUAGAACAUUGUUUUGGCAUACUGAAACAGAAAUUUAAACAGAUGUAUCACAUAAAAUUAAGAAAAAUUAGAUUUAUUUGUCAUUUUAUCCGAGCAGCUUGUGUACUUCAUAAUAUUGCAAUUGAUGACUAUAUUAAUUUGGAUAAUGAUCCUGCAGAAAUGGAUAAUGAUAAUAUUCCAGUUAAUGAAGAAAAUGACAAUGAAGUUGCUGACAAUAUAGAAGCUCGGACUAUUAGAGAUAGGGUAGCAAACAAUUUACGAACAUGA